AUGCAUAAGCAUGAUUGUCAAACCGCUGUGACCGAAAACCCCGGAGUAUUGCGAUCAAUUGAGAAUUAUAAUCAGGAUGUUGAAUUUAGAAAUCUUUCUGCUACUGGUAUAAAUUUUGAAUCCGUGAUAAAUUCACUUCCAUAUCACCACGUAACGAAAGUGUUCGUGUUCGAUAUUAUGCACGACCUACUGGAAGGGGUAGUUCCUGAUUUACUCAAUUUAAUGAUCAGUUUAGGAAUUAAAAACAAGCGUUUCAAUUUGGAUAAGCUGAAUUAUCGAAUUGAAUCCUUUGAUUAUGGACGGCACUUCCGUAGAAGUAAACCGUCUCAAAUUAAAGCCUCAGUGCUAAAGGGUGACACAAAGUCAGGACAAAAUGCUUCUCAAAAUUUGUGUUUGCUCGUCUCUUUAUCGUUAAUACUUGGCGAUUUAAUGCCACACGAUGAUCCUCGCGUCGAAGACGACAAUCAAAGUUUGUUCACUUCCUCAUUGAUAAGCAACCGAGAACUUCUUGAACGAGGACUAAGAUUACCAACCGACAUUCUGCUAUCCAAAAGGGCAGAAUUAUCCUCCCCAUCAUCUUCUAUUACUCAUCAGCAACUACCUUCAAGUCAAACGAUUUUUCUUGAAGUAAUCAGAGAGAAAGAACCGUUAAGCCAAAAUUCCACUGCAUCAACUUCAGAUUCCAUAGAAUUGGCCACCACUUCUGGUUCCUCAUUCACAAGACCAGUGGAAUCCAGCCCGAAGAUCCCAGCCAAGAAAAUGGUGGUUAAGGAUGACCGUCAGACCAUCGCCGAAGUACUGGUGGAUGCUAUCAUUGAAAAUCUUGGAACAUGCCCAAGUAAGCAAGCAAUGGACCAAAUGGCAAAAUAUCUUGUCGGAAAAUAUCCAGCCCUAGGGGACCCCAGACGCAAGCAUCUCGGUUACCAGAUGUGGUUCAUGGGUAGCAGCGAUGGCUCCCCGGCGAGCGGAUUUUUGGAGGAAAGGCUUAAAAAUCAGCGAAAAAAAAUCUCCGAUAAAAAACUUCUGUCUACUUCAGCUACAAAGUGUAACGAAUUGGAUUUGCCCGUUUUGAAUUGGAUAUCUGAUGACGAGGAUGAUGAUCCAGAUCCGGAGGAAGGAAUUCUGGAGUAUAUUCGCCAGAAUUUUGGAACUGAUGUUGACUCGGCAAUGAAAAAUACCGUUUUUCAACGUCGCACAGUGAUACGCCGACUUAACGCGGUAAAUGUAGAUAUUCUGGAUAAUUUAGUAGUAUCCAUGCCUCGACUUUUCGAUACAGAGGGGAUGAUAACUCAAGAUUUCGAUUGCCGUCAUCCUGCACUGGCCUUCGUGAUGUACGACCGGUGGCCAAGGGUAUCUCGAAAAAUCCUGGAAUAUGCAGAAGAGAGUGGAAUCGACUACUUGAAAAAAUUCGGUGUGAUGAAGAGUAGUUAUGACCUGUCCUCCGAUGACGUUACAAUAAUGGCUUAUUGCGUAUUGCCGUUUGUGCUUCCAUCGUGUGGCCGACGGGCCGCAUCCGACAACUUGGAGGACCAGUUUGACGAUGGAGAACUGCCUAUGGUGACUACGAGAGGAAAACGUAAGGCAAAAGCCGCUGGUCGUCCCCCCAAGAAAACCAUGUCGAUUCUGAAAGCGUCGGACUUGGACGUAUACAAAAGCAUGUUUGUUGUAAAACCGAAAAAUACUCAUGUAGCCGAAAUUCUUAAGAUGAACACACACCAAGCUCCGUUUUUACUUGCCCUGGGGACUAUGGCCGAUCUGCAGUUUGAUUCAUUUUUUAUCAUCAUUCAUAAGGUUGCCAUUCCAUGCGGUUCAAAAUUUUUGAAAGCCUUUGACUCAUUGACUAAGAUUUUCACCGUGUUGCCACUUCCGUUUCCAGUUGAAUCGUUUAACCAUUGGUUAUUUAUUUAUCACGGUGUAUUUGGUAAACCUUGCCAAUCAAAUCUUCCACCCGUUGUACAGGCGUUGAUUGGACAAAUUAUGCAGAAUAUUUAACUGUUUCAAAGCUUGUUUUACUGUUAAUAAUAUUUCAAACAUUUUUUGCUACACUGUAAUAUUAUUUUUAACCUACCUAUGAAAGUAAUUGAAUUGUAAAACUUAAUAGUUGUGAAAUAAUAAAUCGCACUCACACAAAUAAAUAUAUUUUUCCCC